AUGAGCCCACUGGCAUACCGACGUGUUAUACGGGAGGAUGUGUGCGCCCUGGCAGAAGGACGGCUGAUCGGGGAGCUCAUAGCAGCUGGGCAUGAGAUCCCUCCUGGCAAUGAGAUUAGGAAACCACCUGAGUUUGAGGUGAUUGGCGAUGAGGUGGAGGAUAGGGAGUGGAGAGCGGAGAUGGCAGAGCGGAUGCAUAGGCUGGAGGUUCGAAAUGAGAGUCAGGCAGUGGCUAUUGCCAAGCUCGAGAGGCAACUGCGUGAGCUGAUGCUGUCCCGUACUCCACAGCCGGGCAUUGGCGGUGUGGAUAUAGGGGAGGGACAUGGUGAUGUGGGAGGGGACGUUGCAGGAGAGGGACAUGUUGAUGUGGGACAGGUAGCUACAGGGCAGGGACAUGGGGAUGCGGGAGGGGAUGCUGUAGGGGAGGGACAUGGGGAUGUGGGAGGGAACAACGCUGGCACACAUGACAGCAUGAGAGGUGCACAUGGCGAGGGUCCUGAGGCUGACGUUGAGGCGGGUGUAGGUGGGAUUAACAAUCUUGGAUGCCGCAAAAGCAUAUGCCGCAGCCGCCCACAUUUGCCGACCGUCCCUCUCCAGCUCAACGAUGGUGGAGUUGAGCGUGGAGGAGAGGCGGUGCUUGGAGGGACUGACGACGCAAGGGGUUGCAAGGAUAGUGGAGGCCAAGCGGUGGGCAGAGUGGAGGAACUGGCGAGAAGUGCUCGGCAGCCUCCCUGA